AUGACAGAAAUGCGAGAAGGUUUGCCAAAGAGCAAUAAGAGAACGAUUUUGGAAUCAUAUCUAAAGGAAGGAGAUUUUUUUUCGGAAAUUUCUAAAAUAAAUUUAGAGAUAAAGCCGAUCUUAACAGAGAUUGCGGUCAAGAGAGACCAACAUUUCGUUGAAGCACAGAAUUGUGUCGGAUCGGCUAUUCAGCAUUAGCAGCGGCGGUAUCUAUGAUAUUAGAUGUACCCGAAGAAGGCAUAGACCAGAAAAAAUUCACAAAAUAUCUUUGUGAUACAGACCAACUGCUAACAAAAGUACAUCACCAGCUAUCACUAAGGAGAGCGUUUAUUAUGCCUCCGAUGAACAAAGCUAUAAAACCGACUUUAGAAAGAGCUAAAUUUGAUCAGUGGCUGUACGGGCAUAACUUCACCGAACAACUAAAGGAAGCAAAGUCCUUAGAGAAAAUUUGUACUAGCAUUAAAAAUCCGGAAAAAAAGUAUUAAUUCAUGACAGUUUUUAAUGGAACGGAAUCAGGGAAAUAUGAAAUAUCCACCUGUCAGAUAUCGGCAGAUGGGUUACCAACGGGGACCGGAUCAACGAAAAAAUGUGAUUCGUUUCAGACCCAGAAAAUGACACACUCUAUACUAAUCAGAGAUUUAACAGUUGGAUGACAAAUCGAUCAUCAUCAAAGAAAUAACGGUAACAGAUAUGGCCAUCUUCAUAAAUAUUGUAAGAAAUAGACC